AGUUUAACGGAGCGCGUUAGGGGUGAGAAAUACAGUCAAGAUUUUGUCCUUUUUUUUUUUUUCAAAGCGAGAAUAAAGUUUGGACAUGAAAACUCUCAGCGGGUAGAAAAAGGAGGCACUGAAAUCUUUCCGAAGCGUGAGGCAUCAUGGAGCCACUGCUGCGCUUCAGCGUCUCUCUUCUGGUCUUCAUCGCCCUCCUCAAGAACUGCCAUGCAGCAUGCGGUGAAAGGAAAUGUUACAGCAAUGAAACAUUGUUGUCAAAACUGAGAAUAACAACAACAAACAUCAGCCUUGAUUCUGAACAAAACUGCACCUUAUCCACGACAGUUGAUGUCGCAGGAGAAACUUUGCUAACUGGUCUGACUCCUGGAGCUAUAUAUGAAAUCUUCAUUAAUUGUUCGAACUGCUGUACAAUUGUCACAAUGAAGCCUGAAGUAGUCAGAAAUCUCACUGUCACUGAUGCCAGCACGUCCUCUGUCACUUUGAACUGGACUGCACCAGAAGGAAACAGCUCCUCCUAUAGAGUACAGUGGACAGGUGGAAAUGUCAGUGGGACUAACACUGUGACUCAAAAAUCUGUGACCAUCAGUAACCUGACUGCUGGUGUCCAGUACACAAUAACUGUUACUGCUGUGGCAGAUGACGGCGUUACUGAUGGACAGAGCUCCACUGUGCAGCGAUACACAAAGCCUAAAAAAGUCAGAAAUCUCUCUGUCACUGAUGUCAGCACAUCCUCUGUCGCUUUGAACUGGACUGCACCAGAAGGAAACAGCUCCUCCUAUAGAGUACAGUGGACGAGUGGAAAUGUCAGUGGGACUAACACUGUGUCUGAAACAUCUGUGACCAUCAGUAACCUGACUGCUGGUGUCCAGUACACAAUAACUGUUACUGCUGUGGCAUAUGACGGCGUUACUGAUGGACAGAGCUCCACUGUGCAGCGAUACACAAAGCCUGAAGUAGUCUGGAACCUCACUGUCUCUGAAUUCACAACAUCCUCUAUAUAUGUGAUGUGGACCGAACCAAAUGGAGAGCGCUCCUUUUAUAGAGUACAGUGGACUAAUGGAACAACUAAUUGGAUGGUCAAUGUCAGUGAAAGAAAAAUAAAUGUCACUGAGCUGACUGCUGGAGUCAAGUACACUGUUACUGUCAUAGCAGUAGCUGGAGAUAACAAAACAGAAAGUGACACAGCAGAGACUUUUCAUUAUACAAAGCCUAAACUAGUCAGAAAUCUCUCUGUCAUUGAUGUCAGCACAUCCUCUGUCGCUUUGAACUGGACUGCACCAGAAGGAAACAGCUCCUUCUAUAGAGUACAGUGGACGAGUGGAAGUGCCAGUGGGACUAACACUGUGUCUGAAACAUCUGUGACCAUCAGUAACCUGACUGCUGGUGUCCAGUACACAAUAACUGUUACUGCUGUGGCAUAUGACGGCAUUACUGAUGGACAGAGCUCCACUGUGCAUCGAUACACAAUUUUGAGCAUCAGCUACAGUGACGAUGUUGAAGUGAGCAGUUGA